AUGUUUAAAGCUGGUAGAAUUGGGUUGUUCGUAAGAUCACCAGCUGUUUAUAAAAAUGAUAUUUCUCUGUUGAGUAUUAGAAGGUUACAUCUUACUCCAAAAGCAUUCCAGAAGCUGAAUAAUCAACUGAGAGAAUUCUAUCGCCAGAAACUUCAAGAAGCAACUAAUGAUAGACAUGAAAAAGCCCGUUUUAAGAAUAGAACGGCUGCUUAUUACACUGCAUCUGUUAUUGUUGUUUUCUUAGCAGCCGGAUUUGCGGCAGUACCGCUUUACAGAGCAAUCUGUCAAAGGACAGGAUACGGUGGAACACCUAUCACUGAUUCUACUAGGUUCACCCCGGAUAAACUUAUUCCGGUUGAUACUAAUAAGAGAAUAAGGAUUCAAUUUACAUGUCAGGCAUCGGGUAUUUUACCUUGGAAAUUUACUCCUCAGCAAAGAGAGGUCUACGUUGUGCCAGGUGAGACAGCUUUGGCUUUCUAUAAAGCAAAGAAUAUGUCAAAGGAAGAUAUAAUUGGUAUGGCUACAUAUUCUGUUACCCCUGAAGUAGUUGCCCCAUACUUUAACAAAAUUCAGUGCUUCUGUUUUGAAGAACAAAGGUUAAGUGCGGGUGAAGAAGUUGAUAUGCCUGUUUUCUUUUUCAUAGAUCCCGACUUUGCUAAAGACCCUCAAAUGAGAAACAUAGAAGAUGUCGUAUUGAAUUACUCAUUUUUUAGAGCCUCUUAUAGUGAUGGUGAGUUGGCUGCGAUUCCAAUUGGAACGGUUGAAAUGAAAGCUUCAAUUCAGUAA